GGUCUUGUCAAUGUCGGCGGCUAGUUUGCUCCACUGACCACAGCUUCGAGUUCUCUCAAUUGUAUCCUUGCGAUAGAGAACACAUCGCCAACUUCUCGUCUCCUUGACAAGUCUGACAACAAACACCAAAGGUUGUCGUACGCAGCAAAUCAGCUGUCGUCGGAACAGGUCCACUUAUGUACCAUCUCCGUCAAAUGUCUUUCCUUCUCGAGGAAAGAUGAACGGGCAUGAUGGACGUUGUUGGGAAGAAACGCUAGCGCUUCCUGUCGUCAAGGUAUCCGCCUUAUCCCAGCCGUCUGCAAACAGUCGUGGAAAGUUUCUCCGUGGGUCUCCCCUGAUUCGCUGGUGAUGGCAGGCGGAAGCGAGGCAAGGGCUAUAUAAGCUUGCCGUGGGUGGUCAGUUACCCUUUGCUUCUGCCCCCUUCCCCACUCGAGCCCACUUCUUCCUUUGUUCACGAGCAGGUCUCGCAAGCCCUAGUUACCUUCCUCUUACUACCACUUGAAGUUACACUCCUUGUUUUUCCUGCUCGUCCGAUUUUGCAAGACCUUUCUUCGUCCUCAACCUUUUCACUCCACUUGAACGUUUUUGAACCUUUCUUUCGACGAUCUUUUAUAUCAAAAUGCGUUUCUCUAUCACCGCCGCUGUUCUCUCUGCUCUCCCUCUCCUCGCCUCGGCCGCCAACCAGACCAUCAUGGUCGGUGCCAACAAUGGCUUGACCUUCGACCCUCCUAGCGUCAACGCCAGCGUCGGCGACACCCUCACGUUCCAGUUCAUGUCCAAGAACCACACUCUCACACAAUCCACCUUCGCUGCACCUUGCUCGAACAUCUCCGCCUCCGGUAUCGAUUCCGGUUUCCAGGCCGUGGCCACCAACGCGACCUCCAUCCCCUCGUUCUCGUUCACCGUGAACGACACCUCCGCGCCCAUGUGGUUCUACUGUCGCCAGACUGGCCACUGCGCAAAGGGAAUGGUCUUCGCCGUUAACCCCACCGCCGCCAAAUCCUUCGACGCCUUCCAACUCGCCGCGAACAGCACAGGCUCCACCGCCUCCACCUCCGCCUCCGCUUCUGGCUCGGCCGCAUCCGCAUCCAGCACGGCUGCCACGACCGCUGCCAACGGCGCGAUGAGCCACGGCGUCCGGGCGGGCGCGGUACUGAUGGGCUUGGGUGUCGUUGCUGGCUUGGUCCUCUAA